CAUGGAUGUUAUUUCAAUCCCCAAAACAAAUGAGAAUUUCCGUCUCCUUUAUGACACAAAGGGUCGGUUCCGUCUCCACUCGAUCAGGGAUGAAGAGGCAAAGUUUAAACUUUGCAAAGUCCGGUCAGUGCAGUUUGGGCAAAAGGGUAUCCCGUACAUCAACACCUAUGAUGGGCGAACCAUUCGCUACCCUGACCCUCUCAUCAAGGCCAACGACACCAUUAAGCUUGACCUAGAGAGCAACAAGAUCACUGACUUCAUUAAGUUUGAUGUUGGGAAUGUGGUCAUGGUUACAGGUGGAAGGAACAGGGGGCGGGUUGGAGUAAUCAAGAACAGGGAGAAACACAAGGGAAGUUUUGAGACAAUCCACGUUCAGGAUGCCACCGGCCAUGAAUUCGCUACUCGGUUGGCUAAUGUGUUCACCAUUGGCAAGGGGACGAAGCCAUGGGUAAGUCUUCCUAAGGGAAAAGGUAUCAAGCUCACUAUCAUCGAAGAGGCCAAAAAGAGGCAAGCAGCCCAACAAGCAUCCACUGCCUAAUUAAUUAUGAACAGCCUUUUUAAUGUUGUUGUACUUGUGUGGUCACUGUUUUUGCGGUUAGACCUAGAAAAACUAGUUCUGAAUUUGUGCUUCAAAUUUUUUUCCGGCUUGUUUUGCUCAGUACUGGUAGAUUGUUGACCUCAUUUUUUUAUAAUCUUAUACUUAUUUGGUGCUCCUCUUUGGCCUUGACGGGCAUAUUCAA